ACAAAAUACGAGUGACCAUACGAUAAGCGGCUAGGUUCAAACGUUUCGUUCAAUAAUCACUGGCAAAACAAAGAAUUAUAAGAGUUCCAAUGCUGUAGACCGUGAUUAUUUGAUGAUACUGACGUCGCAAAGUUUCUUCAUCACAUAGCCAACAUGGAUCCCCCUCACCAGGCAUUCAAUCAUAGUGACCACCCUUCAUACAGGAUAUCAACAGGGGAAUAUACAGGAAGGCAUGCUCAAACUAAUGUUGGAUCUUUGGCACAUGUGGAACACAUUCCCCAGACCAUAGCACCUGCAGCACAGCAUACACAUGCAUCUGGCAUGCCCUAUGUGGUCCCAUGGGGAGAACAUCAAUUUCAACCCAAAAAUGAAACUACCUUUAAGGAAGAAAGUGACUCACACCAGCACGUUGCAAAGGUUGAUGCCCAUGACCAGGAAUGGCCAGAUGAGAAAUCUCCAAUUCCUUCGAGUAAACCCAAAGUCAAAAGUAAAGAAGAGACUCUGCCUUUGGAUUUGGCUGAAGAAGAAGUGGUGAGCAACUUUGUUCCUCUCUCAUGGACUAAGAACUCCAAACCUCAUACAAUAUCCAAGUCAGAGGAUGAUGUCAAAAAUUGUGAUUCCACAGAGAACAAGCGUGCCAAAGACCAGAAAGCUGAAGAAGAGCUUGCAGCUAUUCAUGCCUUCAUGUCUGUGGAACCUUCUGGAUUUACGUGUAUUCAGUGCGGGCAUGUUGUCCACCGUAGCCAGCUUGCAAAGCACAUCCGCAUGCAUACUGCUGACAGGCCUUUUAAGUGUGAUGUAUGUAAACGAGCCUUUCGUCAAAAGUCAAAUCUGAUCGUUCAUAUGCGGAUGCAUACAGGUGAACUUCCAUUCAAAUGCGAUUUUUGCGAUAAGGCAUUUCGUCAGAAAUCUAUUCUUGUGACCCAUGUCCGCACCCACACCCGAGAGAUGCCUUAUAAAUGUCAUCUCUGCCCAAAGGCAUUUACACAAAAGUCCAACCUAGUGGAGCAUAUUCGUGUCCAUACAGGUGAAAAACCCUACAGGUGUCCAGAAUGUGACAAGGCAUUUGCUCAAAAAUCUAACUUGGUUGUUCACAUCCGCAGCCACACAGGGGAGGCUCCAUUUAAAUGUGGGGCUUGUGCAAAGUCCUUUCGGCAAAAGUCAAUAUUGACCACUCACAUGCGAACGCAUACCGGUGAACUGCCUUUCAAAUGUCAACAGUGUGAGCGUGCCUUUGCGCAGAAGUCCAACCUGGUUGAACAUGAACGUCAGCACACAGGUGAGAGACCCUUUGUCUGUCUAGAAUGUGAUAAAGCCUUUAUCCGUCACCAGGAUCUCCUUCAGCACAUGAGACAGCAUACAGGCCGCAAACCCUACGAUUGCGGUGAAUGCGGUAAGAUGUUCAGUCGUAAAAAGCAUGCAGAGAAGCACGUUCGUUCGCACAUCAAGCAUCAUUUCAACUGUGGGGUCUGUGGCCAGGGUUUUAUGGAUGAAAACCUGAUGGUGAUCCAUCUCACUACCCAUUGUCAUUGUCAUAUCUGUGGCAUCAGUUUCAAUUCCAAGGAAGAUCUGACAGAGCAUUGCAGGCUUCAUGCCAUGGGCAUGCCAGACAGUGAGGAGGUACAAGCCAAAGUCCAACACAGCAAGGCCACUGUAACACAGAAUUCUCACACCAGCUCCCAGGUCCCCUAUGUUGAUAGAAGUUCAGAUUAUGCAAGUACCAGCAAGUCUUUGGAAAAUAAACAACCCGAUUCAUUAAAUACCAACACGGUUUCUCCACCUUCAUCUCAUCAAACUGCUCAUUAGAUUUUAGGGCAUAAUUUCCUAAUUUAAAAUCCAAUUUGUGGAUGAAGAAAAAAAAAUCUGUCAACAAAAUGUCACUAUGCAUGAAAGAAAAACAGAGCAAAACAAAAAUAUGGCAUGGAUAUUGGGUGCUGAUGCAGUUAUUAUUGCUAACAUUAUUUUCAGUAGGUAGUGCAUACCUACAUGUAACCUAAUUUUACAUACCAUCUUCAGUAUACAUGUAGUCCUUAUUUUCAUACAUUUCACCAGGGUUUUUGUCACUUUUGUCAGGCAUACAAGUGAAAAUAUCUCUUUGUUGUAUCAAGAGAUCUAUAAAUGUUUGUUCACAUAUGCCGUUGUAAACCACUCCUGUUUUUGUUUACAAAAUUAGUUGCAAGGGGGAAUGAACAAAGGAGCCGAGUGAACCAGGUUCUUCGCUUACCGUACUCACUUAUCCAUGUGUAUGUGAAGUGCAGUACCCUGGUUUACAACGGCAUAUAUGAAUAAGCUUCAGUAUUCAUAAAUCCUGAAAGAUUAUAGAAGAAGGUAUUAUAUCCUAGGGUUCUCCAAAUUUUACUUGGGAAAAGUUCAUUUUGAAAUCAACAAUUCAGCUGUUGAAGAUAUAUGAUAACAAAUUUUAAAACUCAAAGUGCUAGGGGCAAGUUAAUGUACAGCUGUUCCAUCAACACCAUGCAUGUGCAGCUGGUAUGAUUUGUAACAAUGGUAUUAGAGAUUUUUUAAAUAAAUAUUUUGUAUACUGGUAGUUCCAGUAAGCUUGUACUGUUCUAAUGCUUCUAAGAGUCAUCAAAGAUUAUAAGUCGUUUUUUACUAAUUAACUGGUAAUAAUAUUUUAUGUGAAUUAUUGUUAGGAAGCAAUUGUGACAAUUGUACUACAACAUGAUGUAAUUGUGGUUGGCUUGUACUUCGCUAAAUUAGAAGUACCACACAGGCAUAUUUUUAUGCCUCCGCCACUGGCGGUGGUGCCGGAGACAUUAUGUUUUCAGGUUGUUUGUCCGUCCAUCCUGCUUUUUGUUACCGUGAUAACUCAAGAACCAUCACAUGGAUUCUAACCAAACUUGGAUCAAGUAUGUGUGAGCAUGCAAAGAUGAACUGAAUAGAUUUUGGGUGGACGCGAUCAAGUGUCGCAGGGUCAUAAAAAUGCUAAAAAGUAUCUUGUUUCUGUGAUAACUUGAAAAGUGUUAAGCAAUUCAAACCAAACUUGCAUGAAGUAUGUAUUAGCUUGUAAGGAUGGACUGAUUAGAUUUCAGGUGGCAGAGGUCAUAGGUCAAAGAU